AUGGCAGACCAUAAUGAUAGAUAUCGUGAUUCUUCAGACUCUACAGUAGUUAACCUGCAACCUAACCCAGUGAACGAAAGUCAAAUACAUAAUCAUAGAGAUUCGCUAGAAUCAUAUCAUGAUAACCCUAAUAUAGCCUCGAUCGUAACAAACGCGCCACUAUUAUACACUUCUUUUAACGGUCCUGAUGAAGCACAGAUCUUGUGUGGUAGUAAUGAUGGCGAUGAGGAUAACGGAUGUCGUAUGGAAAGAUCUUCGAGUCAACCUUUAAAAAAGUUAUGGAUCGCAAUAGUAAUAUCACUUACUUUCUUUGCCAUCGAACUUAUUGGUGGUAUAAUUGCUGGGAGUUUAGCAUUAUUGAGUGAUUCUUUUCAUUUACUGAGUGAUGUAGUGAGCUUUGGUAUUUCACUCUUAUCUAUAUAUCUUGCUCAACGUCCUGCUACUAAAGCGCUAUCAUAUGGUUACCAUCGUGCUGAAAUUUUGGGUGCUCUUGUUUCAAUUUUUCUUAUAUGGCUUCUAACAUUAUAUUUGUGUAUCGAGGCCUACGAUCGUUUACAAAAUCCUGUACAAGUAGAUGGAAAAACAAUGUGCGUUGUUGCUGUCAUCGGGGAAAAUGACAAUACUCCUACAACAUUAAUUCAAGAAAAUAGUCAGAGAGAACAUGGUGGCAAUAAAGAGGGCAAUGUCAAUGUUCGUGCCGCAUUGCUUCAUGUUUUGGGUGAUUUCCUCUCUUCGUUAGGAGUUUUAAUUUCGGCUAUAGUAAUUAUGAUUGAUCCAAACAAAGUAUGGGUUGAUCCAAUAUGUACAUUCAUUUUUUCGGCACUUGUAAUGAUAACAACAUACGGUGUCUUUCGGAGUAGUAUAAGAGUUUUGAUGGAAGCAACACCGUUACAUAUUGAUUCAUUUGCUGUAAGAAGAGAUUUAGAAGCAAUUAAAGGUGUAGAGAGUGUUCAUGAUUUGCAUAUCUGGGAUUUGACAGUUGGCCGGCCUACUAUGCCCGUACUGCCAUUUUUCGUUGUUGGAUGCAAACUGCCCAGCAACUGCAUAGAGCAACAUUCUGAGUCAAGUGAUGUCAUAUACACGUGGACAACACUCACGGCCCAUAUUCGACUUUACAAAUACGAUCCGGAUGUUCAUGCUGAACCUUUUGUUCCUAAUGAAAUAUUACUACAUGCUCGGCGUAUAUUAAAGCAAAGAUACGGUAUAUCGCAUGUGACGAUUCAAAUCGAAUGA